AUGUCCGUAAAUCUUCUAAGGGAUUGGUUCAUGGCAUUCAAGGGUCUGGAGAGCAAGCCCUAUGAGGACCGGCCUGAAGAGCUAUCAUGGCUCAGCAGGAAAAGGCCUGAGGAAGCCAUGGACCAGCUGCUCUGCUUCUUAACCACGCUGCUCGUUGUGGGCGCCCAGAGUUGCCCAGAGGUUUGCCGGUGCAUGGCUCUGAAGAAGUACGGCCGCCACAUUGCCGACUGUUCUUACAAGGACCUGGAGGCCGUCCCCCUGGGCCUGCCCUCCAACGCGACCACCCUCACCUUGUCCGUCAACCGCAUUCCCUCCUUGGGGGAAGACGCCUUUGCGGACGUGCCCAACUUGCAGGCUCUUUGGCUGUCCUACAACGAGAUCGGUGGGAUUUCCAGGGGCACCUUUGCCUCCUUGAUGCAUCUGCGGGCCAUCGACCUCAGGCACAACCAGAUCGUGGACUUCCCUUGGGGAGACCUGUCCAACCUCACCGCUUUGCAGCAACUCAAGCUGAGCAGCAACCGCUUGGAGAAGGUCCCUUGGAACGCCUUCCAGACCUUGAAGGACUUGCGGUCCCUUUGGCUUGACAACAACCAUCUCGUGGUCCUCUUUGAGGGCACUUUUGACCCCAUGCCUUGGUUGUCCCAGUUGCAGAUCCACCACAACCCAUUGAACUGUUCCUGUAGAAGCUGGUGGUUGAAGAAAUGGUUGGAGAACACUUCUGUUUCCGUCUCGGAGAAGGAGUCCAUCACUUGUGGUGCUCCUGAACAUCUGAAAGGUCUCGUUCUUGGGAGGAACUUGAAAAUGGACUGCAUGCUGCCUUCGGUCCAACUGGUUUACCAUUCCAGCUUAGGCAACAGUGUGUUGCAUGAUGGACUCACCCUCUUCUUGCACUGCAGCACUAUGGGCAAGCCGACACCGGAGAUCCGGUGGACCAUCCAGACCUCUGCUCAAACUGUAGCCAUCAACGGACCCAAUGCAGAAGAAGGAGGAGACAACGCGCUUGCUGGUGUGACCUCUCCGCAGAAGAAAGGUGGACGCUUCCUGGUCUUCAAGAACGGCUCCAUGGUCAUCACCAACUUCAACAAGGCGGAUGAAGGCCUCUAUACUUGCCAGGCAUUGAAUGACGUCGGGUCUCGAGAGGUGUCCGUCAAUGUCGCCUUGGCUAGCUCCGAGAGUCCGGACGAUCGGCUCCAGAAUGACAUCCAAGCGAGCAAACCCAAAGCCAACUCUUGCGACAAAGAACACCCCAGGCCUGAAGGAAAGGUGGUGUUCAUCUACCUGAACCCAAGAGCACCAAAGGCCAGCAGCAACAGAGGGACUGUGUGGGAUCCAUGGCUGUGGGCCAGCUCCUUUCUAGUUGCCUUGCUUUCCUUUUUGUAACUAUAAGUAUUCCGUAUUUAGUAUACAGUAGAAUGUCCAAGUUGGCCCACGCCUGGUGUAGAUGCACUCUAAGUUAACCAAGUAUUAUUGAGGGGAGGGAGAGAGACUAUUUCCUCAUUAAAGACCUCUUUGCUGCCUUA